UUGAGUUAACUAAUUAUGGGACGAUUUGAGUUGACAAUUAAAUCAAUGGAUUUACUGAGAUUACCUGUGAUUGCGUUUGGAUUAAUCUUGAUUUUACAUCCACAGGAUUUACAAUUAGUUAAUUGUGAUCAUAAGCCAAUUGGUACCAAUGGAAGUGAACCAGUGUUCUCACUCGUUGAGACAAUUAAUAAAUUGUCACUUUCAUUUCUACCAGAGAAAAUUUUAUCCACUGAAAAUGUGAUCUUUUCACCGUUAAGUAUCAUCAUGGGUCUUGGUAUGUUAGUUGAAGGUUCAACUGGACCAAUUCAGGAACAAUUAAUUUCAUUCUUGACUAAUCAACAAUUUAAGGAUGAUAAUAAACUUGAUCGAUCACAAUUAUUGAAACAAUUAAGGAGACAAUUUAAAAAUUUGAUUGAUAAGCCCCGAAGUUUAAAUGACCCAAUGGUUACCCAGGAAGAUGGUGAAUGGAUUAAUGAAAUUGUUAAUCUUGUCAUGGUUACAUCAGAUUAUCGGAUUAAAGAUGAUUACAAGUCAACCCUUGAAUCCUCAUUUGAUGGUUUGGUGGUUAAUCGGGAUUUUAAGUCUAGUAAAAGCAAUUUGGUUGAUGAAGUUAAUCAAUUGGUUGCCAAUAAAACAAAUAACAUGAUCAAAAAAGCUUUGGAUGGUCCAAUUGAUCCGAAUACAAAGUUACUCAUAUUAAAUGCACUCUCAUUUGAAGGAAAUUGGGUUCAUCCAUUUCCAAAGUCACUUAUCAUUAGAAGGCCUUUCUUUGGAGUCGAUAUUGUAUCUUCAUCAUCCUCAUCAUCGACAACAACUAUGAAACCAACGUUUCUCUCAUCAACUAUCUUAAAAGCAAAUUUAUCGUCAACAUCAUCAUUAUCCUUGAUUGGAUCAAGUGUUAAAAAUGUGACAUCAGAUCGGGUUCCUUUCAUGACAACAUCAUUGAGAACCAAUUUUGCUGAAAUCAAUGAGAAAGACAUGAAAAUAAUUCAACUUGAUUAUUUUGGUAAUGCAUCAAUGUUCAUCUUGUUACCGAAUCAAAGGGACUCAUUGCGACAUUUGGUUAGAAAUUUAACUGUACAAGAAAUUGAUUCCUACAUUGGCGGUAGAUUGACACAAAGUGACAUUGACAUUGAGAUACCGAAAUUUACAUUUGAAGUACAAUAUGAUCUGAUGGAAAGGUUGGAGGACCUUCGAUUAUCCAUCAGAAGAGCAGAUUACACAGGUAUAGCGGAGAGGUUUCAAGAAGGAGGAACUAAAGUUGAUAAUAAUGAUGGCAACGAGAGCAUUGGUAGUGGUGGUCAUGGUGUUGUUAGUGCAAGUGAUGCUGAUGCUGAAGGUGGUGACAAUGAAAGUAGUAAGAAUAAGAAGAAUAAGAAGAGUAAGAAUGAUAGUAAAGAUAAUAAGAGUAAGAGUGAUAUUGUUGAUAGCCUUAAACGUAGAGGUGGUGGUGGUGCAAGCGGAGGCGAAAGUAGGAGUAGUAAUGAUAAUAUUAGAAUUAGUAAAGGAAGUAAUAGCAGUAGAAGUAGAAGCAGUAAUAGUAGUAAUAAAAAGGAGUUGUCAAGAGCACAGGUUCGAGAUCAGGGUCAUCUUAGCUUGAGUUCAGCGAUUCACAAAUCUAUUAUCAAAGUUGAUGAGAAAGGUACCAAGGCUGCUGCUUUCACUGGUUUCGGGUUCCAUCCUUUGUCAACUGUAUCCGGGCAAGCACAAUUUAUUGCUGACCAUCCUUUCCUCUUCUUUAUUCGGGAUAAAUCAAAAGGAGUCAAUAUCUUCACUGGUGCAGUUAAUAAGCUAACUGGUUGA